UUCAGUCUGCAUCUGGGUCUUCAGCGGACUUUGUGAUGGCAGUCAGAAAAGCUGAGUCGCUGCAUUACUCCGUAGGGCUCCUGGGCAUUUCUGCAGGAUCACUCUUACUGGCUGUGCACUUCUACACUUCAAGCAGAGCAGCCCCUCUGAUCCCCAGCACAGCUUUAGGAAUCAUUCUGUUGAUUUUAUCAUCUCUUCUGGCAUAUGCAGGAAUUCGGAGAAGCCUAAGAAAUACCUCCCUGUUCUUGUCUCUCUGCCUGACCAUCUCAGUGUUCUGGUGCAGCUAUGGAGUGGUCUUCAUCCUAGGAGGGCAAGGAGUUUUGAAUGACACUGGUGAUUUCCGCAAUGCCUUAGUGCCUGGCCUCGUCACAUUUACCCUGGCACUACUCAUUACUGCAGUGAUGGGCUUCCUUCACAGGGAGGUCAUCCUAGCUAUGAUUGCUUCUGCUGUCUCACUUGCCAGUGCUCAUGAAAUUGCCAUGCACUAUAAUACAGCUUUUGGUUCCUCUGCUGUGGCUUGCAAUUAUAUGAUUGUCUGUUUGAUUGGAGGUUAUUUUGCUCUGGGAAGAAUUCUUUAUUUCCUCACCAAAGAAAAAGUUGUCCUUCCCGGUGCAGAUCUGGCUAAGAAUAAGAACCAUGAACAGAUCAAGUCCACCAGUGGAAGUGUGAAUCAUUUUGCAAACACAGGUCUGAUCCUGAACAUGCUGUCUGCCAGUGUCUUUGGCUGUAGGCUCCUGGGUGUGACUAGUAAACUAUUUAUUGGUCAGGUACCCUGGCUGUGGGCCUCUGGGAUCUAUCAGAUUGGAGUAUGCAUUUUAUCAUAUCGUGCCAUGGAUACACUGAUGGCUACAUUCUUUGGUUUCACUUCCAUCUUGAAAUUUGCUGGAGGCUAUUGCCUUCUGUACCCAAUUUGGCAGUCAGAGGAGCCAUCUUUCCCUAUUCCAUUUCUGGUAGGUUUUGCAAUUCUUUUUGCUGUCUUGGCUCUUUUCCUCACUCUUAAGAGCCUAGUGGAUGGCCUGUAUUUGCUAUUUUAUGUGGCCUACUGCAUUGCAAUAGCUUGUCAUCCCAAGGGGUUUUUUGAAGGUGGACCCCAAGGCAUAGAUGUGGCCAUCUUUGUGGCCUCAGCCUUGAUGACUAUAAUUUACUUGUACAAUACAAAAGAAGGUGCCAAAAUCCCAACAGGGAGGGGUAUUGUGAAGGCCUUACUUGCUCGCACCAGUUUUCUGAAGCUUCGUGAAGGGACAGACCUUCAUGCUCCCUAUUUAGGCUAUUCCAAGUAUGCAGAUGCUGAAGUACUUGGCUAUGCAUGCAGUGUCCUUGCUUCUUUUGCUAUAAUGAUUACAAGGGACCUACAGGCUCCACUUGCUACUGUUGUGGUUCCAUGGGUUGUGGUAGCUGGUGGGAUCCUUAAGCUUCUAGGUGGCUCAGUGGCCUUUGCCCGGGGUAAAACCCUGGAGAGCAGUGCCUUCAUUCUCUAUGGCGUCAUGUGGACCAUCUGGGGCUUGACAAGAUAUGGCGGCCUCCAUGGCACUACCAGAAGUUUCCACACAGCAGUGGGCAUCAUUGCUUUCAUGCUUUUCAAUGGCUUCAUUGUCUUCUGCACUCUCUUCUUAAAUAUCACCUGGUUCUUUUAUUCCCUCACUUUCUUGCUCAUCCCUAUCAGCUUCUUGCUGGAUGCCAUCAGUGCUGUUCCCGUUGGCUAUGACAUUGCUGCCACUCUCAUCUUUGGUCUGGUCAGCUUCUACUGCUUCCUGUCUGCCCUUUUCAACAGCAUCUGUGAAAGUUCCUGCUUACCAAUGGGUAGGCCCAUUGUGCAGCUCAGUGGUGUGGGGGGAGGAAUGAACAAGUGCCUUCAUCUGCCUGCCAGAAAAGCUUCCUCAGUCAAGAGAAUUGCAGAUAUCCUGAAGAAUGGAGGAACCUGCGGCAUCCCCACAGAUACUGUAUAUGUGCUUGUGGCAGCCUGUAAUAGACCUGAUGCUGUGGAGAAAGCUCACCGCUCCAAACGCCAGGCUCAAGAGCGCCCCAUGUCACUUUGGAUUUCUAGCCUGAAGCAGCUGGAACCUGCGAAGCAUUUGUUCACCCCCCUACUUUGGGACUUCAUGGAGGCUGCCUGGCCAUCUCCUAUUAGUUUGGUGGUUCCCAGAGGAGAAUGGGUGGACUUCCUGGGAAUGAAGGACUCUGCAAAAUAUGUUGGUACCCCUCAGAGCAUCGCCAUCCGCAUUCCUGACUGCUCUGUUACCACACACCUCAUUGACUUGGUUGGCCCCAUUGUGGUCACAUCAGCUAACCCAACAGGAGAGGCAGACACAACACACCACAACCAAGUGUAUGCCAAACUAGGAGAUAAGGUGAAUGCAGUUCUUUGUGAUGGGCCUUCUCCAGAGAACAUUGCAUCCACCGUUGUGGACUGCACCAAAAUCAACAGUGGAAACAUAGGUUUCUUCAGGGUUGGUAUCAUCCCCAAGUCUCAGGUGCUGCAGAUACUGGAACAGGUGCAGAAGAAACACACAUUGGUUCACAACAAUGGCCCAGUCAUUGCAAAAGGCCAGGAGGAGCAUAUAAGUCAUAGUCAUGAUGUACACAAUGGGGUAGGCAUGGCUAUCUCAGAAGAGACAGUUCCAGUGCAGUCCCCUGAUGACAUCUGUGAGAGUCACACUCGACUCUGAGAUGCCCCUGCAGGUCAAACUGUUACUUGCUCUGUAGGGAGGUGUGUGCUGGAAAACAAUGUUCAGGUCAAACUGGGGAAUGGGAGAGGUUUCCCAGCUAGAGGGGUGACUUAUUCACCCUUCUGUGGAUUCCACUAAAAUUUGCCAGUGCAGAGCUGACUUAAAAACUGCAUUCAUCUAGUCUGUACUGGUAGAAAUUUAACUUUUGAGAACUACCAGCUUUCACUGAGGAUCAGAUAUAACCAAAGGAAGUGUUACAUCAGUAACUGACUGGCCUAGUGUAAUAGGGCUUUAUUUUUUUUUCACUGGGAGUUAAAACCUUUGAUUUGGGUAGAGAAUAGCUUGAUGUGUUUCAUAAUUACAUGUUGGGGGGGAAAAGCCCUGCAUGAAACAAGAAGUGGUAGGGGGAGAAUGGAAUAUAUAUACAGGUACUGCGUUGGUGAAUACAGUGAACUUUCUAAAACAGAUGAGGCAAGAGGUGGUCCUGGGAGCUUGCGCUAUCUUCUGAUAGCAAUCUUCUCAGAAAAGAAUUACCAUUAUGUAAGGCAUAAUUUCCAUAUUUCAUGGUUAGUGUGAGGGUAGAAUUAUCAUUUUGAUGGCUUCAAUAAUAUCUCCUUAGAAGUACUGGAGCAUGAUGAAAGACCCUCUCCUCUCAUAUUACCUUGUGCAGACCACACAUGUCAAAAGUAUCAUAUGCACUACAUCUGAGGAUGCUAGAAGCUGAUCUAGCAUAACUACACAUUUCUACAGUUCAUUUCAUUGUAGGUUUCCUUCAGACUGCAGAUUUUUUGUAGAGUGGUAACUGCUGACCUAGAGGAAGUAAAAAUAAGUUUCAAACUGACUUGAGGAGUCAUCUUUGGUUAAAAUGUACCUGGCCAAGCAGUUAGUGGCUUGUUUAGCCUCUGAAAACUGUGGAUCUUAUUCUUACCUGACACACCUGCAAGGAAUUGCAAUGGAUAAUCUCACUGAUCACACCUGAUGUUUUGCCAGAACUUAAGUCAAGCGUAAAUCCUGUGCAGUCAGAGAAGCUAAACUUCUAUGAACCAUGACAAAACCAUGCCUUCUUAGCUGUUUUUACAGAACCAGCUCUCUUCCUGUAGAGAAAGAAGAUAUUGGAUAAUUGAGUUAUUAAUUUGUUUUGCCAAUC